ACCAUUUUCCGAGCGUAGCCAUUGGUCGCGGGGGGCGUAGCAGGAAGACACCACAGUCAUUGCGAGCUGCGGCGUAGCGGAUCCCGGAGACCUAUAAACCCUCCUUCCCCCCGCUGUCACCCGCAGGAGCCUCCCACUAGCACCUCGCUUCAUCGCCUCGACAACCGCCCCCUUAGAGCGGCGCCGCCGUGCGGUGGGGUUCCUGCGUGACAGGUGAGCGCGUGACAGUGGCGUGGGCGGGAGUGUGGUGACAGCACGAGGGACCUGCGACACCCGGGGACAGGAGGAGGUGAGGAGGCAUGAAGGAACGCUACACCGGGUUACUAUGGUGACGGGCUUUCACUGACGUGCACCGCGCAAUACGCGAUGGCGUCAUCAUUUUGCGCCGCAUCAGCCGGACGGGUCCCGCCGAACGGGCACCACACAAUCACAUUGGUGGGGGAUAUAAGGUACACAACAUAAUCACCAUGUCUGAAGAGGAGCAUUUCCUUUACUGCUGAAGAAAAAAAUUGCUGUGUUCCUGUAGACCAAAGUGUGACACACGACAAGCUUUAAGAUGGAAAGUACCCAGGCAGGUUACAUAGGGCAGAGUCUUUUCAAGAAAUUAACUUUCCAUGGACGGGUUAAAAAUGGAGGAAAAAUAAAUCAGGAUAUACGAAAAUCAUACCAUUUGCAUGGAAAACGGUCACCAAAAAUGAACGAGAAGACCUGUGCUGUUGUUCUCACUAGGCUGGAAGAUGUGACUGGGUCCUGUAUUGUAGAGAGUCAGGGUGGGACAUCACCCAGCAUUUCUUGCUGGGUGGAUGAAUUUGGAACUCUAAAAGUUCAUACUGGGCUUCCCUCAAAACCACGAAGUUUGAGUUCAAAAGGAAAGCUUUUCCCAGGGGUUUCUACUGGGGCAGGUUGUAUAAUGGAUUUUCCAGAACCCCGAAAACGUAGGCUAGCUUCUCUCAAUGCUGAAGCAGUGAAUAACUUACUUUUUGAGAGGGCUGAUGGUUUUUCUUCCAGGAAAGUUAAUAAGGAUCUAAACAAAGCUGAUGAAAACUGCAAAUCUAUUGUCGAUUGGACUUCAUUAAAAAAGCCAGGUCAUCAACCUGUCGGCAAGAAGAAUAAGCAGAGUCGCAUAUCCCACAUUAGGUCAACUUCUGAUAAUGGGUUUGAUGAUGACCUAAAGAGAGAGAUUAGUGAAGGGUCUUAUUCUCCGGCUCCAAAGAGAUUGGCAAGUUUGAAUGCUGUAGCUUUUUUAAAGCUUACUAAUGAAAAAGGCCAUCCUUUGAAACAAAGGAGCAAGUCAAGUGGAGACGGUGGUCGUUCUUUAAACACUUGCUUAAAGUCUAAACUGAAGUCAACAAGAUCUCCUAAAAAGAACUGUAUUAAGUCUAAAAAAGAUUUAUUGCAUCAUAAGUCUGAGGACUACCAUGGUUGGCAAGGGGGAUCUGAAGUUGGAUUACUAAAACAGGAGCGUCAAGAGUCCACAAAGUCCUUGGAUAAAAUGGAUUGCGUUCGCGUGGAACAGUCUUCCAAGCACUGUAGUGGCUCAGAACCUUUGUACCACAGACUGCCUUUGUUAUUGGGAGGACAGGCUUCUAUGAAGCCAGAGUAUGGAAGACCAGGGGAAAAGUCUCCCACUCCUAAACAAGACUUCCAGCAGCCUUCAUUUCCAGUGCAGCAGCUUCAUCGUUUGCCAGUUCCGGGCAGCCACAAGGAUUGCAUCUGUCUCUAUGGCUCCUCAGACAUAGCUUCUUUGGACGGAACCUACAUUUCUUAUGGCCAAAGCAGAUUACCAUAUAAUGGGUAUUCAAAUUUCUCCAUGUAUCCAAAAGAUGAAGUGUUUUCACAGCCAGUGCACUGCGAAGAACUCUUGGUAUCACAGAGCUCUUUACACCACAGUGCAAUGUUUGAGCAUCUUCCCUGGUGCAAUUCUCGUUAUUCCCAUGGAGAAGACACUAGGACCAACACAGAUGGUCUUUAUGGUGUAAUAAGGCUGCCACUUAGCAGAGUUGGCAACACUCACACGGGAUCUAGUAACUAUCCAUAUAAAAAGCCUUUAACAGCAGAAGGAUACAAAUCACUAGACCAGCUCAGCAUAACAAUCCCCUCAGCAGGUCACCCCGUGUCUCCUGCUCACCCGCUCUCAGGAUGCCCAGUUCCCAGUGUUCCACCUGCUGCCGAGCCUGUCCCCUACCUACAGACACCCAACUCGGAACCUCGGACAAUGGCCAUGCUGAAAACUGCACGCGAAUGCCCACAGAGCUCCAAACCCCCAAGUGGCUCCAAAUCGGGUGUUCGGAACACGUUGGGGUGUGUCCAUGCAGCUGACAGCAAAACAAGCAAAAGCCACCCCAAGCAGCAGAGGAUCAGCAGAAGAAGAGCUACAAAUGGCUGGAUGCCUUUGGGAACAGCUUGUGAGAAAGCAGUUUAUGUGGUGAAUGAGCCUGAGCCUGCUCUCAGAAGGAGUUAUCAAGCUGUGGAGAGGAAUGGAGAGAUUAUCAGAGUCAGAGACACUGUCCUUUUAAAAUCCGGUCCCAGGAAAAAAUCCAUGCCAUAUGUGGCCAAGAUAUCUGCCCUCUGGGAAGAACCCAAAACCGGUGAGCUGAUGAUGAGUCUCUUCUGGUACUACCGGCCAGAGCACACUCAGGGAGGACGUAAUCCCAGUAUGCACCAGGUUUUUCAGUUUAUAUGGUCAGUUCAAUUGCAGAAUGAGAUCUUUGCCUCCCGUCAUCAAGAUGAGAACAGUAUUGCCUGCAUUGAGGAAAAGUGCUAUGUCCUGACAUUUGCAGAGUACUGCAGAUUUUGUGCCUUGGUAAAGCGUCGAAAGGAGGGCUGUUCAAACAGGAAGGCCUUGAUUGUCCCUCCCUCUGAAGAGUAUUGCACCCCAGUACAUCGCAGGGUUGCAGACAGCACCGACCCAGCGCUAGUAUUCCUGUGCCGACAUGUGUAUGAUUUCAGACAUGGUCGUAUCCUGAAGAACCCUCAGUAGUUGCAGCUUCCGAAGGACACAUUGACAUGCAUAAGCGGCAUCAGAGUACAAGGCCUCUAUGGCCCAAGACUGUUUCAGAUAUCGUCCCAACAGCAUCCCCAAGCACAGAGGGGAGUUGGGAACUUCUUGUAGUAGCCUCUUGGCUCUGGAUUCAGGAAAAGACACUGGUAACAGUACUCAGCAGAUAAAAGCACAGCACUUCGUUAGAGAUGAGCAGUAAUUUAAAAUAAAAAUGCGAAAAAAUUUAUAUAACAUAAAUAUAUAUAUAUAUAUAUAUCAAAGUAUGUGUGUGUAUAUAUAUAUAUAUAUAUAUAUAUAUAUGUAUAUAUAUAUAUAUGUAUAUAUAUGUGUGUGUGUGUGUGUGUAUAUGUAUAUGUAUAUAUAUAUAUAUAUAUAUAUAUAUAUAUAUAUAUAUAUAUAUAUAUAUAUAUCUCUAUCUAAAUUGGGGAAACAUAAGCCAGUACAUCAGGUCAGGAGUCAUGUUUGCAAGGAAGUGUAGGAAUGUGCGAUGUGUGUUAGUGCAUGAUUGGCCCAAGCUUGGUCCAAAUGCCUUAAUGUGUCACACAGGUCCCUGUUACACCCCAGGCAGAAGUGUCAUUACUUCUGAUAGGUUAGACAGGUUUUGUAUUCAUUUUCUGUUUUUGCCUUUCUCAUUUGUGUUGAGAAUGACCUGUUGCAGUCUGAGCAUUCCCUCUUUUAUUAACUUAAUUUAUGUAAUUCCCCAACAAUUAAAUUAUCAAUUUGUUAGCAAUUUAUCUCAUCCCAUUUAUGUCAACCCCUGAGUAGAUAUCAACUCUUGUCAAUUUUCAUCUUAAAUCUUUUUGCAUUCAACCAAAUAAUUUUUCAGUAUUCUCUAUGAUUAAAAAACAAAAAAAGUUAUCUUAGCUGUCAGACUGGCUUGUUUUUCAGGCCUUUCUCUUAGUGGAAAGAAAAGUUAAUUGGUUACUGAAUAGUGUGUAGAGACGAGCCGCUUUUUUAUUACGCAGCAGUUGUCCCCAUUUCUCUGUGUAAGGUGGAAAGUAGUAGAACAAGGUAAAUGUAAUACAUGUAACCAGUACUGGCUUGCUGUGUGAUGAUACUAAAUUUUUUCCAGAUACUGUCUUAUUCAAGUUCACUAACUGACCAAUCACAUUACUCUUGUUCCAAGAAACUGCUACCUGAUUGUUCGAUAUAUUUGCCAUUUGCCUUAUGUGUAUACAAUCUAGAUAUACUUUUGUUUAUCAGAAGAACCAGCUAUUCAAUUUUAAUAUUAAAACAAAUUAACAAAAAAAAACCCACAAAAAACCAAAGGACAUUUAUACCUGAACACAUUAAAUUAAAUCUGAAUAACUGGUAGAUAAACUCUGUAGCUUGCACUAAUUCAAAGAUUGAAUUAUCACACUGUUUUCGUACUCUUGCUGUAAUCACAGAUUUUAAAUUUGAAUUCUGCAUUUUCAGUUUUAAUUCCCAAUUUUAAACAUGAGAACUAGGGUUGCAGGGACACAAAUAUUUGAAUAAAAUGUUGAAUAAUA